AUCUGCGCCAUACCUACAGAGUCUGUUGCCGCGCAAGCUUUCCUCGACGAAAGGCACAAAGGGCUGGAAUAUGUGGCUCCUCAUGAUAACAACGAUUACACAUUAGGCAAGAUUAGGACACACAAUGUCGUUAUCGUUGUUUUUAACAGUGUCAAUUUAUGUGUGGCCUAG